CCCAAUGCUCAAACAUCUGAACUGAAUGUGCGAAACCUAGGGUUUACUUAGGGUUUCUUUCUCUCUCCAUCCAUUUCCUCUCCCUCUCGAACCAGAGCUCUCUCUCUCUCUAGAAUCCUAGGGUUUUCCGAUUUCGACCGUCUCCAUGGAUAGGUACCAGAGAGUUGAGAAGCCGAAGCCGGAGUCUCCCAUAAACGAGAAUGAGAUUCGUAUCACUAGCCAGGGCCUUAUCCGCAACUACAUCAGCUAUGCCACCAGUCUUCUUCAGGAGAACCGUGUUAAAGAUAAAGAGAUUGUGUUGAAGGCAAUGGGCCAGGCAAUCAGCAAAACGGUGGCUAUCGCAGAGAUACUGAAAAAAAACGUGCCGCAGUUGCAUCAAGACGUUGCCAUCAACUCCACAAGCAUUACCGAUGUCUGGGAACCUAUUGAGGAGGGUCUUAUGCCUGUGGAGUUGACGCGCCAUGUUUCUAUGAUUUCAAUCACCCUUUCUAUGAGAGAGCUAAACAAAGAUUCUCCUGGGUACCAAGCCCCGAAACAGACAGAACAAUCAAAGCCUCAGUAUCAGCCACAGCAACCAAGACAAUCCCGUGCUCCAUACAAUACUUACAAUGAAGAUUCAUAUGGUCAAGGGAGAGGUCGUGGGAGAGGCAGAGGGAGAGGCAGGGGGAGGGGUGGAUAUGGAAAUUACCAAGGAAACGAUCAAGGGGGCUAUCAAGGAAACGAUCAAGGGGGCUAUCAAGGAAACGACCAAGGGGGCUAUCAAGGAAAUUACCGAGGGGGCUACCAAGGAAACUAUCGAGGGGGCUAUCAAGGAAAUUAUCGAGGGGGUUAUCAAGGAAAUUACCGAGGGGGCUAUCAAGGAAGAUCCCAAGGGGGCUAUCAAGGAAGGUCCCAAGGUGGCUAUCAAGGAGAUUAUCAAGACAACGAUGGUGGAUAUUCAAACUGGAAUAGAGGACGUGGGCGAGGUCGAGGCUGGGGCUAUCGUGGUACUGGAUAUCAAGGCGGCAGAGGUGGAGGGUACGGUGGGGGUGGAGGUGGGGAGUACGGCAAUGGAGGAGGGCGUGGAUACGGUGGAAGAGGCUAUGGUCGUGGACGUGGAAGGAUGGGUGGUGGUGGGGGUCGCUCAAGGGGUGGUGGUAACCAAAAGCAGGCUUAGUUUAAGCAGCCGGUAUUGAAAAUUUUCCUUUUGCUUUCCCCUUUUGGCUUCUUCUUAUAUAAAUAUAUAUAUAUAUAGCUACUCGCCUUGGCUCUUAUGGGGAAGUUGGGUUUUUUCUUUCCUUUUUUUUUUCCCUAAAAGACCUUAGAAUUGGGGUACACAAAUAUCCAUUUCAUGAAAAAGAAAAUCCGGGUUAAGGUUUUCUAAGGUCAUUGUUAAAUUCUCUGCGUGGCUCUUUUGUUCUUCCUUUGAUGCACAAAUUUAGCCCAACUUCUGUUA